GUCAGUCCUCUCUGAACGCGCAUCACACGGGCGAUCGAUUCCCGAGCUCUCUUCAUUUCAGGAUGGCAUUAUAACACAGUGAAGACGGAUAUAUCAGCAUCUGCGUACAUGGGAGUCUGUUAUUACAGCCAAGUUUAGUUUCCACUAGAGUUUUAACACUCUAGACUGCCACUUUUAAAGAAUGAAAGUGAAGCGAUCGAAGAUGUGGAGCGCGGGUGUCCUGGUGAUGUUAACCGGGUGCGUGUGCGUGAGUGUGCCGGAGGAACCGCCGGACAGAGCGACUCCAUCUGACGGCUACUGUAACUGGAUAACACGGGCUCAGCCACACGGAGCUGCGGGCAGGAGAGAGGGCUACAGCGAGUUCAAACUACGAGUGGAAGGAGACCCGGAGCACUAUCAGCCCGCCAGCACUUACCGAGUAACCCUGUAUGCGACCAACCCUGCAUAUUUCAGAGGAUUUACUCUUAUUGCACUCAAAGAAGGACACAACGGUGACCAAGAGGAGGAUUAUGCUGGGAAUUUCCAGAUCAUUGAUGAGGAAGACUCACAAUUUAUGAUGAACUGCCCCCCUGCAGUGACAGAGAGCACCCCCCGCAGGAGGACCAGAAUACAGGUGCUCUGGACAGCGCCCCCUUCAGGCAGUGGCUGUUUACUGCUGAAGGCUAGCAUUGUUCAGAGAAAGAUCAUCUCAUUCCAGGAUGAGGGCUCGCUUACAAAGCGGAUGUGUGAGAAAGAGCCACUGUUUGGAGAGACGACAGACAAACCCCUGCUGGACUGCUGUGCCUGUGGAACGGCCAAAUACAGAGUCACCUUCUAUGGCAACUGGUCAGAGAAACUGCACCCGAAAGAGUACCCACGGAGAGCCAAUCACUGGUCAGCCCUCAUUGGAUCGUCCCAUUCGAAGAAAUAUGUGCUAUGGGAGUACGGAGGUUUUGCCAGUGAAGGGGUAAAACAGGUUGCUGAACUGGGCUCACCGGUCAAGAUGGAGGAGGAGAUUCGUCAGAAGGGUGACGAUGUCUUGACUGUCAUCAAGAUGAAGGCACAGUGGCCUGCCUGGCAGCCUCUCAGUGUUCGAGCAGCUCCCUCUGCCGAGUUCUCAGUGGACCGAACACGUCACCUGAUGUCCUUUCUGACCAUGCUGGGACCCUCUCCGGACUGGAACGUGGGUCUGUCAUCAGAAGACCUCUGCAACAGAGAGUGUGGAUGGGUUCAGAAGGUGGUCCAGGAUCUCAUCCCAUGGGACGCUGGGACGGACAGCGGGGUCACUUAUGAGUCUCCCAACAAGCCAACAGUUCCUCAGGAGAAGAUUCGACCUCUCACAAGUUUAGAUCAUCCACAGAGCCCCUUCUACGACCCAGAGGGGGGUGCUAUCAUUCCAGUUGCCAGAGUUGUCAUAGAAAGAAUUGCUCGCAAGGGUGAGCAGUGCAACAUCGUGCCUGAUAAUGUGGAUGACAUUGUGGCUGACAUUGCCCAAGAGGAGAAAGAAGAAGAUGACACUCCAGAGACCUGCAUCUACUCAAACUGGUCUCCUUGGUCAGCGUGCAGCUCAUCGACAUGUGAGAAGGGAAAGCGGAUGAGGCAGAGGAUGCUGAAGGCACAGCUGGAUCUGAGCGUGCCAUGUCCGCAUACGCAGGACUUUGAGCCGUGCAUGGGCCCUGGAUGCAGUGAUGAGGAUGCUUCCACAUGCAUGAUGUCAGAAUGGAUUACAUGGUCACCAUGCAGCGUGUCGUGUGGAGCAGGCGUGCGUUCUAGGGAGCGCUAUGUAAAACAGUUUCCUGACGAUGGCUUUGCUUGCACACUCCCCACUGAAGAAACAGAGCCCUGCACUGUCAAUGAGGAUUGCUCUCCUAGCUGUUGCCUGGUUACUGAAUGGGGUGAAUGGGAUGCCUGCAGUGCCACCUGUGGGCUUGGCAUGAAACGGCGGGAGCGCAUGGUGAAAAUGCCCCCAUCUGACGGCUCUAUCUGUGGGGCUGAGGUGGUGGAUGUGGAGAGGUGUAUGAUGCCAGAAUGCCAUACGAUCCCAUGUUUACUGUCUCCGUGGUCGGACUGGAGCGACUGCAGUGUAACUUGUGGUAAAGGCACACGGACACGUCAGCGCAUGCUCAAAUCACCUGUAGAGCUGGGAGAAUGCAGUGAGGAGCUGGAACAGUUGGAGAAAUGCAUGUUGCCAGAGUGCCCAAUGGACUGUAUGAUGUCAGAGUGGUCAGAGUGGUCAGAGUGUAACCAGUCCUGUGGUAAGGGUCAAAUGAUACGCACACGCAUCAUCACACUGGAGCCUCAGUUUGGAGGAGAGCCAUGCUCCGAGACUGUACAGAAAAAGAGGUGUAAGAUCAGGAAGUGUAACCAAAGUGCCAACAGUUACGAGAGGAAGAAACGCAAAGAAGACCGUAAGAAGAGGAGGAACAAACAGGGGAGGGAGGAAACCACUGAUGAGCUUGCAGGCGAACUCGCAGGAUGCAGAAUGAAGUCGUGGUCUGGAUGGACUGACUGCACCAAGCUCUGUGGUGGUGGAAUUCAGGAGAGGAUGAUGACAGCCAAGAAGAGAUUCAAGACCACACAAAUGACCAGCUGCAAGGACCGCAAAGAGAUCCGGGCCUGCAACGUUCAUCCCUGCUAGAGCUGCACUGACCGGGCGCAUGGGACCCAAUACAGAUUGUGACAGACUUAAUGUAAUUUAGUUACAUUAGUAAUUUAAUGCACUCUAUUUAGGGUUGGCAAGCUGCAACAGCUAGUCUGUUAUUUAUUUUAAUUUUCUAGAAUUUGUAAUGACCCAGGCCCUGACUAGCCUGUAAACAAAACGAAAAUCCAAGAGGGAGUUGCAAUGUACUGUACAAAUUCAGAUGUGUUAAUAUGCAUUAAUAUUUGAGUGUAACAGCCCUUUUUUAAGGAGCUUUGAAGAACAAGUAGCACCAUGGCAAAUUAAAUAUUAAUGUGUUCUGACAGGAAACGUAAAACAAAUUUCUCCUUUUUAAAUGAAUUUCUCCUUUUCCCAUUCAUGUUUUCUAUAGGGUUUUCUUAAAAGUCUUCAUGAAAGCAUUCUAAGCCAUGAACCAAACCAACCAGCUCCAAGGUGAAACCACAACAUUACAAACUUUGAUUUGAAGCAAAAAUAUAUUUAAAAAUAAGACACAAAGACAAAGGUACAACACUGUGUACUUACCGUCUUUCAUGAACUACAAUCCUAUUAGCCUAUGGAGAAAAAAAUUAUUUGAUUUUCUUUUCUACCGGAAUUAGACUGUUGCACUCUAUACUGUACAUGCUACAAUACAGUGGCCCCAAAAAGAAUGUGGAUAUUUUAGCCACACUUACAAUGCAUGACUUUCAUUGCAAUAGAUUAUAAAAUAUUAAACUAAGUUGUAUCUGCUAUCAAAUUAUUCUAAUACUGCUCUCAGAACUAAUUUUACUUUUUUAAAACAUUUAGAAACAUGCAAUGCGUUUUAAUCAACUGGUGUCGAAGUGUUUUUAGUGGAUGUACGAAAUCAGUUCUCAAGUUCACACAGCGUUCUAGUAGAGUAACCACAGGUGGAGUUUACCACAGUAACUGUGGACAUGUUAGACUAAUGAUUGACAACCAGAAAGUGUCACAAUAUAAUACUUGUUUUUUUUUUUGCUUAAAAAGAGUGCUUGCAUGAUCUUUCUUGGAGAUAAAAGCCACUUGCUUUGAUAUUUUAUCUAAUGCAAUGACAUUCAGACAUUUUUAAGUGUGCCUUAAAGCUGGAGUAUGUAAUUUCUGCUACUAGUGGCACCAAACGGAAUUACAAAAAUGAAGUAUGUUUUCAAACAACCUUUGCCAACACCCAUUAGACUCAUUAUGCCAUUUCGCGUACGUCUGAUUCCCUGUGAACAAAUAGGCCAUACUAAAUAAAAGGUGAUAAAUGUUUAAUGUCGUAAUAAACAAGACUACUAUUACAUAUACACUCCGGACAAAGCCUGGCAGAGGAAUCAGGUCGUCCGUUAACACUGCGGGAUUGAACGGCAGCUUGGUGUGUGGAGGAUCCAGCACUUGAAGUAGGAUGGAUCUUCUGGUAACUUGUAAGUGUAACGAUACAUAUUCUGAGUAUCUUGUGAAUUUAUCUGGAGCUUGACAGUAAUGAGCUAACAUGUGUGGCAAUAUCUUGGGUGUAGCUUACCUGUCGAGAAGAAACUCUGCAAGUUCGGCGUCUCCCUCAAAGUCCUCCACCUUGUAAAUGUGAUGCCAAAGUUCACUCUGGUUUCACUCCAUUCUCUGUCUUUAGGGCUGUCAACUGGGCAGAUAAACUAUGUUCGAAGUUUUACUUUAAAUAUUUUCAAAAUUCGAAUAAUAUUCAAAUUUUAAAGUCAGCUGAUUUGUUUUUUAAAUUUACGUUGUUUCCUUAGUCCACAAGAGGGCGCAUUAAAUACAUAAACCAUACAGUACCCUUAUAUUAUUUCAAAGAACAUUCCUGGCUGUUAAGAAAGAGCAUUCCAUUUUCAACUAAAGUGCAUAAAAUAAAGUUUUAGCUGGUCCAUAUUUUCAAAUGUUAAGUCAAAAGAAAAAUGAGGGGGGGACACUUCAAUAGACAGUUCACAUGGUGUUACACUUGCACUGAUUCCUACUACUCCAGACUCAAGCUUCAUAAUAACAGUGAAAUUCCACAUUGUUAUUUAUUCAGUACAGUUGUAUGUAGAGUAGCAAUAUUCACAGAUAGCAGUGGUAUUCGGCUGAACUCGGUGGUGAAGUGGCUCAGACUAUGAGCCCAGGCAAGGGGCUGUUCAAUCAGACGGAACACAACAGACUGGAACCGAAUGCAAGGAUCUCGAGAGACACACACAUUUCCAAGUUGAACAUCUUUCCUGGCAAAGCAUUUAAAAAAACUAAUUGUUUAAUCUGAGAAAUGCUUAUUAAGAGAGCAAGAUGUACCUCCACCAACUGUAAGGAGCUGCUCACACUGAACACUUUUGCAACCAUCCAUUUGUUUUUCGAUCUAAACGCACGCUAGACCAACAUCUUUGUUUUGCUUUGUUUUUGUUUAUUCAGUGUCUCGUGUAGGAGCGCUGUUUUUUAAAAGCUGUGUCUAAUUAAAAAGAACUUUAAAAAGCAUAUUGAGACACCUGCUUUCUGUUAAACUGUAUUUGUUGUGCUGUGUCGAGCCUUUUUUAGCGCAAGAAUAUGUUCAAUCUGAAGUUAUCAUCAGUGCUUGGCACAAAUCCAAAAUUCGAAUGCACAGUUUUAGCAUUCAAAUGUGCAUUUUUUUUUUUUUUUCUUAAAUUUGACGAAUAUUCGAAAUUCAAAUUUUUAUUUAACAGCCCUAGUGUCUUUUAGCAAGUCUUCAAAAUGUGGCUAAGCAAAAUUUAUUUUCCUGUGUACACCUCUGCCAUAGAUGUUCACAUUCCCUCGGCUGAACAUGUAGCCACGCCCCAAACUCAUGCUAUAGGUUGAGCUAAAAAGGGAUGGUGGAGCUGAGCAGGCUGCUCAAAAGAUAAACAUCAAUGUUUUGAUAGUGCCUGGGAGGCUCAGUGUUUAUACAUUUGUGGGAGGUUAACCCACAAAUGGCUUACUUAUAGUUGUCAAUGAAGAAUAAACUGAAAUAGUAGAAUGUAGAGGUAAACCGACAUAUCUUUUACCUGUGCCGAUAAUUGCUUUUUGGAACUAUCGGUUAUCUGCUGUUAGUUGCCGAUAGUUUGUUUUAUUCCUUGAUAAUUGUGUGUUUUAUUCCUCUGUGUUUCUUUGAUAAUUGUGUUUUUAAAUUGAAGUGAGAGCAUGCAAAGAAAAAUUUACUAUAUGGAAACGUUCCUCGUCAGCACAUAUAUUGUGUCUCAAACGUCAUAUAUUGUAAAUAAUAAAGAUAAUAUAAACCCUUAUAGGUAAAUUUGGUAAAUAUUAAAAAUAGAGCAUUGUAGUCCCUGGUUUGUUUCAGGCUUGUUUAGUGUUAAAAGUCCCAAGUAAUGCACCCAAUCAUUUUUUUUUUUUUUUGUAAUCAUUUCUGAUUAUUAUUGGUUGAAAGAUAAACUACAUCUGGGAUUUUAUUCAUUUUGUUCUGGCCUCUGUGUCUGUGCUGACUCAGAAAAUGUUGUAACAUUUUAUGAAUCGUCUUUAAAAACUAUCGGCAGAUUAAUCAGUUAUCGGCCUUUUCCACCACCUUAGUUUUCAGUAUCGGCAAAAUCCACUAUUGGUCAACCUCUAAUUUUGACACAAAAAAGUUACAUACUUCAUUUUUAAGUGUCCAAAUAAUUGUUGGGGUCACUCUAACACUAAAUAUGUAUAUAUAAAAAAAAAAACAUUAGCAGGGAUAACUUGAUAAAUAAACAUCAUAUACAUUUGUCAAAAGCUAACCUUUGGUUUUCAUGGGCAAAAUCUCUUCUGGCUCAAAGAUUUUUUCCCUGUAAGAGAAAGGAACAAAAAUCAAGUUUGUGCUUCCUGUUCAAAGCCUGUAGUAUGUACAAUUAUAUAUGCAGCUUAACAGUCUUUGAUUGGGCAACAAAUUAAUUUUCAUAAUUUGCUAUAACCAUACUCCAUGUUCACUGCUUUUGUAAAUCAAAUAAAGAGCUGGUAAUAUAUCUGAUUUGAACAUGUUCUUCGCCCAGUAGUGUUGCCAUGUAUCCAAACCAACAAUACUUAGAAUUACUUUUGCAAGAUAACUGUUAACUUGUUGAUGACUUGUAACGAUAAUGGCCAUAAGCCAAUUCAAAUAAUGAAUGGAACUGUUGUCCUCUGUGAUGAUUUUUUUACUUUCAUGUUUUUUAUGUUAUAUUCCGGAACUAAAAGCACAUAUAACGAGCCAUUCCAGGAUUUUCUGUGUCAUGUUGGAAACAAAUGCUGUUUAGGACCCACAAAUCUAUUAUGACUUUGUACACCAAUGUAACACAUGUAGUUGCUAUUUAACUAAAAAAUAUUUUUAAUUCAAUGGAUUUUUCAUUUGUUUUUGUUGAAUUGUCUUUCCUACAUUUUGUUUUGAUAAGAAAUUAUUCUUACCAAAGUCUUGCAUAGAUGUUUUGUAGUUGUCUUGUUGCUCCUCUGACAUGAUUAAUAUUUUUUUGAAUAUUUCACCUUUACAAUAAAAGAAAAUGUGACAAA